AUGGCAUGUCGCGGCGUGUGGAACCUGUGUGUUAAUGGAAAAUGGUAUCGCUACGGUGAUUCGGCUUCGCCAAUUUCUCCUCCUGGGAAUAUAUCCACGCUGCGAAAGCUCAACCAGUUGCUUGACAACCCGGACAUCAAAGGAUGGAAGAAGGUUACAUCACCCAGCCUUGACCUUUCCAACAUGGACUUCAUUUACACUCUCGAUACGGACGCUGGAACUUUCAAAAUCUCCCUCGGGGGGCGUUUUACCAGACCCCCGUUGGCUGUGCUGACGGACGUAUAUCUCAAGCCCGCUACUCUUCGUGAGGGCCAUGAUAUGGAUCUCCGCUAUACUGUACUGGGGUAUUCUCACUUUGCCCCCCAAAAGUAUACCACAGUCGACGAGCUCGAUUUGCAGCGACUCAAUCUAAAAAGAUUACACUUGAAGUUUGGUAUUCCGACUGCCAUGAAUGAGCUACAGGAGCGGAUCUUUGCGGACUUUUUCUUUAGAUGGGAUGAGUACCUUGACCCGCCUGAUUGGGGAUACAUGAAUCGUGACUUCAGGUCGCUUUCUAUGUCCCUCUUGCGUUUCGCAGCCUGGGACUUUGAAGUCACAUCUGGACCUAGACCCGCUAUGGGUUCCGCAGAACUUGAAAAAUGGCAGUAUCCUGAGUCGGAGCUUUUCUGGUUCCACAGGUUCCUUGUUGUGAUCCAUGAGGAUAUCCGGUCUGAAUCAAUGAAAAGCAUAGCUAUACUAAAGGCCAGAAUGAUGGGCGAUUGGUGUAGCAAAAGCCUAUUACUGCUCACUAGCUCCUCAGCAGCUUGGUACUCACCUGGUUUCCGAGCUCUGUCAAAGGUUUUAUCAUCGAACUACCAGGCCCCCAUUGAGGAUACUGCGGCUAAUCUAGAGCAAUGGAGGAUUGCUCUCUCGUUUGAAAUAUUGCAGAUGAUACUGGUGCUGUGCGAACCCCGAGAUGCUGUUUCUUUUGCACAAGCUUCGAUCGCCGUUGAGAAAUGCUACUAUACUUCGAUUCCCCAAUUCAAGGACCUAGCUGUGCAAGAAUAUGUCUCGUCUAUACCAUGCUGCGGUAAACCUGAUGGAUUACAUGUUCGAGGACUCUGUUGUGCGGAAUGCUAUGCUUGGCAGCAUGUCGAGUGCGUCGGUCUGCUACACUGGCCAUCUGAUAUACAACACAUCUGUUCCAAGUGCCAGGAGAAAGAGCCACUUGACCCUUCCCUGGUUCUUCGAAAGAGCCGGCGAUAUAGAUGGAGAGACUGGCCAGUGCAUAAUGGGAGGUCUGCAAUGGCACUCCGACACGGAUGUUAUGUGGGCGGAAAAAUAGCGGGCUACAUAAUUUCCUUUAAUGGCAUGUUCUCUGGUAUGUCUUAUGUGCUUGAAACUAUACGUGACAUGGACUGCGAUGGGAGGAGUUUCGGUCGAAUUCGGGGAAGAAGAUGA